UAGUUUUAUUAAACUUAACUUAAAUGAUUGAGGGAAUUUAAACGUACGUUGGCAAAGAUGCUAGUGAUUAGCAAAGAUGCUAAUAGCUCAUUUAUCUGCGUACACUGAAUAUUUGCAGCUCAAGAAUACUCGCUGCAAUGUUGCUAACAUCAGCUAACUACGGCUGUUGCUUCUAAACUAAAUAACUGCUCUAUGAAAACUGAUGCUAUGGCACAACGGUCAGUUAAGUAACUUGUUUAACGUUGAACAUUACAUUGUGGAAAAAAGGGAGUUAGUUGCAAGCUAAAACCAAUUAGCAGUGAUCCACCUGUUAAUUGAAGAUGAUGUCACUGUUGUUACUUUGUAAUUGGCUCGUGCAUUAAAUAUCUCCCACUGAAAGAGGAAUAGAUUCAUCUUAAGGGACCAUGGUGGAGUUACUGUUACAUUCAGAGUCUACCCGUCACUGAGGAACACCGUAUAUCUGACAUGUUCUACUCUGUCUGGUCGAGUCAGUGACCUCUGUGGUGGGACAGGCUUUUCGACACAGCAAAAGUACUUUGCAGAAGGAUUCCCGGAGGGAAGUGUCAGGAUAAAACACAAGGAAGGAACAAAGCACAACACGUAAUAUUCAGAGGAUCAGAAGGAAGGAGAAGUAAAGCGUGUGGAGAGGGGGGGUGUUGGGGAUGGGGUUGAAGAGCCAAAGGAGGACGUCAUGGUUCACAGCGGCUCUGCAUCCCCAGUGAACACAACACCAUCAGCAUCACCUCAUUUAACUCUUCCUGCUACAGCAGCUCCUCCUCUAGCAGCUCCUCCUCUUGUGCCUCCCCAUGGGAAGACUGCAGAUCAGGACCUGAACCCUGCCAAACUCCUCGCUACAGACCUUACCUCCAACUCGGUCUUGACCCAGCCCUCUACUCUAACUCCUGUCGAAGCCGAGCCCCCCACCUCAGCAAAAGCACUUGCUACUAACUCAAGCCGAGCGUCAGCCUGGUCCUCCACAGAGACACCUACCACUACUCGGGGCCAAGUCAAUGGCCGUACGUCAGGCAGGAAGAGGACUCCUAAAGCCUGUGACUGCUGUGGCCCCAACAGUACAGGACACAAUGUCAGAACUUUGGGCAGGGGGAGGGGGAGGGGGAGAGGGAGGGGGGCCGGAAGGGACCUCAGAGACACCCCAAAAAGGAAAGUGGAGGGCCAGCUGACACGUAUCAAGUGUUUCGAUUUGACCACGGAGAAUGUGGAGGAAGCCGAGGACGAAGAAGCCUGCUAUGAGAAGGUGCAAAAUACUCCAGUUGUGGCUGAUACACCGUCACAAACGGAUGUUGCUCAGCCUGUCGCAGUCUCCCUGCAGGAUGACCCAAUAAGGAACUAUGUUGCUCCAGAGAAAAGGGAUGUGCAGAAAAUGGAGGACAUGUUGAUAGAAGGGUCAGGGGGUAAAGGAGGUGUGGAGAUGAUAUUGUCUGGAAUGCCAGGCAGGGGAGCACCAGUUAGCACAUUUAGAGGGAGGGGAGGGAGGGGAAUGGUGGGAGCUAUGUCAGCAUCACACAUGGAUGUAGAAGGUGGAAUAAAGAGGGGAGCUUUAGGUGGAGUUGUCAUCAGUUCUACAGUGGAUGCCCUGGCUCCAUUAGUGUUCGUGCAGUGGCAAAACAAAGAUGCAGAUAUGGACCAUGGAGGGCAGACUGACCCCAGCUCAGCUAAAUCUUCACGUGGAAAUGGAGACACGGUAAACCUGAGUGACACUGAACCUGAAGAGGAUAUGAAGGACGGUAACAUGAUGGUGAGGGAAAUGGCCAAUGGGCUACUUUCUAUCUCCCAGGACCUGGACUCUGAUAUGCAGGUGGACAAGACUCCCGACAGAACAGACUCGACGUCUGUACCAGUAACUCUGUCCAACGGAAAUGUCCCCACGCCAGCAAAUACUGACCACUGGCCCACUCUCAUGGAGGUGGAAACUUCUCAUCCCGCUGUGGUUGCUCCUCCAUUCCAGGGCCCGAUUACAGUGCUCAGCAUGCAGUACAGCUGGGCACUAAGAGACCACAGGCUGUACUGUCAGCCUGGAUCCUGGGUGAGGGCGGGGAUGGAAGAGUCGUCGGAAAAAACAAACGGAAGUGAGCCGGAUGUAGAGAAGCAGAACAAAGAGAGGCUGGAGCAGCUUACUGAAAUGAUCCACGAUUUUCUGGAGAGCUUCUACAUGAAGUACGGCAGUUUCAUUCCUCUCACUGAGAGCGAUGUCCUGGAACACCUGAAGAAGAAAGGCAACUCUGACCUCAGCAGCAAGGGGCUGGACAUUAAAAGGGAGAUGGCUCGGUACAGGGCGGGGCUGGCCUCUGCUCCCAUCGCGGGCUUCAUGGUGUCGUAUAACAAGCACACCCUGGGCCUGGAGGACCUUGGCAUGCUGGAGGAACAGAACUGGCUUAAUGACCAGAUUAUCAACAUGUAUGGAGAACUCAUCAUGGAGGCGACGCAACACAAGGUUCAUUUUUUCAACAGCUUCUUCCACAAGCAGCUGGUUGCCAAAGGUUAUGACGGUGUGAAGAGAUGGACUAAAAAAGUCGACCUGUUCUCCAAGUGGCUGCUGCUGUUUCCCAUCCAUCUAGAGAUCCACUGGUCUCUCAUCACGGUCACCAUGGCAACCAAAACCAUCAGUUACUACGACAGCCAAGGCAUCGUCUUCAGACACACCACGGAUAACAUCAUGAAGUAUCUUCAGUCUGAAGCCAGAGAGAAGCAACAGGCAGCUUUCCAGAAAGGCUGGAAGAUUACCAUCAUCAAGGGUAUUCCUCAGCAGAAAAACGACAGCGACUGUGGAGUUUUUGUCCUUGAGUACUGCCGUUGUCUCUCUGUGAAGCAGCCUCUUCUGUUCAGUCAGGAGGACAUGCCGCGUAUCCGCAAGAGAAUCCACAAGGAGCUGUGUGACUGUCACCUCAGCGAUUUGAAGGACUGAAGAAUGGCCGCCUUCACUCACUGCAGCUCGCCUCGUAAUACGAGGCAGUCUGUCAGAUGGCCUGUGUUACUGACAGUCUGUUACAUAAGCUAACACAACGCCACCCUUUGUUCUCCAGGGAGCUCUUAACUGCCACUCUGCCUGUUCGACAGCACAGCAGAUGCUCUUUUAGAGUUUUGGUGACUUUUGGAGUUCAAAAACUUUUGCAAGGAACUACUGACGUGGCCCCCUACUGACCCACAGAAAUGCUGGACCUGUACCCAUCGGGUUGUUUUUGCAUUCGACAUUUACCUUUCCUAGUGGAUUUCAACCAAAAUGGACACAAGGGAAGGGAGCUCUGACUUGGACCAGCCUCGCCCAAUGAGACGGACCUCUCGUCCCAGAUGGAGUGGCCUUACAUCCCAGAUGGCCAUUUUAUCUGGAACAACAUUUUUAACUGUUUAUUUUAUGCUGGACUCUACAGCAGCGUCACACCUACAUUUUAAACAUGUAGGUGUUUCUAACAUGUUUAAUAAAGUUAGGAUGUUUUGAUUCAGUGGACCAACUGUUCACUUAAAACUUGAAGGUUUGGCUUGGACUUGGAUGUUUGCACGGUUAGAGGUUCGGUCCAUUGAAGAGUCUAGAAUAUCAACUGAAUGUACUGAUCGCAUAUUCUUCCUGACUGCCGCGCAGGGUGCAGACUCAGCACCGUACUGCCUAAUGGCACAUUUUGGCUGUGGCUUGAAACCAUAAUCCAAAUCAUUUUUUUUAUUAAAAUUCCAGUUUUUCCACCACAUCAUUUUCUGCCUUUUUCUUUUGUUGUGAUCACGUUCUGCUGAUAGAUUUUGCACACGCAUUUUCCUUCCUUUUCAGCUGAAUGCCAUUGUAUGACCAUGAACCCAUCAAUUUCAGUUGAAAACUCAAUGCUGGUUUUCAAAAUUUCAGCCAGCUGCUGAAAUGAGCACCACCAUUUCAUUUCAUAUUGUCGAGGCUUGAUCCUGCGCACGGACGCAUCAACAUGGGUGCAGACAGUCGUAGUUCCAGUGGGCUCUUAACAGAGAAACAAGUGGACCUCAGCUCUUUUGAUUAAAUCUUCUGUCCCUCCUAGAUUUUGUUGUUAUAUGUAUUUACAGAUUGUAUUUGUACUUUUACUGGCCUACUACUGUACAUGCUUGCUUUGGCUAAAAGCCAUAGUUGUUUCUUGACUGUUUUUAUUGUUAUUAAAAAGGCCAAUGCUGCUGCAAUGAG